CCUUCAUCUUCCCGAGUGGCCCAAAAUGUUGCGAUCCGUCCUCCGCUCUUCCUCCGCCGCCGCCGCCGCCGGGGGAAGAGGCUCCUCCCUCUUCUCUGAUCUACUCUUCCCCCCCGCAUCCUCCCGCGCCUACGCUAAGGCCAAGACCAAGGCCAAGACCAAGGCCAAGACCAAGACAAAGGCCAAGACCAAGACCACCACGAAGGGCAAGAACUCUCGCUCUGUGUCUGCCGAUGAGUCCGCUGCCAGUGUCGACGACGCCUCCCACGCCUUCGAUGGCAUCGACAUCGAGUUCGAGCGCCCAACGGACCCCCUCCCUCCCACCUAUGAUCCGGCCCUCGACGUCGGCCCCGGCGGCCGCCCGCUCUUCGCUCUUACCAAGUCCUUAGCCCCGCUCUCCCGAAAGGAAGCAUGUUCCUAUGUUGAUUUCAGCUUGGAGGAAUGGAAUGCAAUGUUGCCUGAGGGCUUGCCAGCAGGGAUGAAAAAGGAGUUUGAGGAGACAAGGCGGUGCGCUGUGAUGGUGAGGCAGAGUUUCCUGGAUCUGCGUGAUAACUUUAGGCGCAUUGUUGACCCUCCUAUCCACACGGGCACUAAAAAUUCCAAGAAACAAAUUGUCCUGGAUGGUCCUGUUAGCUGUGGAAAAAGCAUAAUACUUGCCAUGCUUGUUCACUGGGCUCGUAGUGAAGGAUGGCUGGUAUUUUAUGUUCCAGAAGGUAAAGAAUGGACUCAUGGAGGCUUCUUUUACAAAAACCUUCACAAUGAAUUCUGGGAUACGCCUGUCCAGGCUGAAACGAUCCUUCAGAAUUUUUUGAAGUUCAAUGAGGAUCGCUUACAGCAAUUACCUUGUCAAAUUUUUGAUCCCAUUCUUUUGGGGGAAGGUGCUGGUGUUGGAUUGAUGAAAAAUGUUGAUUCCAUGGCAAUGCCUGAAGGUUCUACAUUAUAUGAUCUUAUUCAAACUGGGAUUACUUACACACAUGCUGCAGUGAGUGUCGUUGUUCGUUUAAGAAAAGAGUUAUCGCUGGUGAAAGAUGUGCCUGUCCUCUUUGCUAUUGACCAGUAUAAUAACUGGUUUACGUUCAGCGAGUAUCAUGAACUUCUGACAUGGCAAUCUACUCGGCAGAUUCAUGCAAGGGAAGUUACAACAGUGAAUGCUUACAGAUCAAUGAUGCAUGACGACAUGAUGGUAGGAGCCUUCUCUCAUUCAACUGCUGUGGGCAAGUUACGUGAAGAACUUCCAGAUGUACCUCGAGGUGCUCGUCUCAUGCUGCCACGUUACACAUUGGAUGAGGCUGCUACUGUAUGCCACUAUUAUCUAAGGCAAAGCCUCAUACGACGUGAUAGUUUUUCAGACGAGAAAUGGAAAAAGAUUUACUACUUGUCGAAUGGAAAUGGAUCAGAGAUGAGAUGGUUGGCUCCUUUUAUCUAACAUAGGUGGAGAUCACAGGUACAUUUGACUUACUACAGGCCAUGUUCUUCAGAGCCUUCAAGUGGAUCAACGAGUCUGAUCUUUCUUCAUUUCCUUUCAUCUACGUGUCAUUUUCACAUUCUGCCGUCGGCUCGGUAGCUUAUAUUCGUAGUUGUCAUCAAUAUAAAGUAUACCUCUCUCUGGCUUGCAAAUGCUGUAGUGAUGCCAAAUUAUCAGCUCCAGAUGUUUUCAGUCUUGGAGCUCAUUCUCAAGUGUUAAAGAGUGAUGCAUUUGUGGUUUACAAGUCUCCUUAAAUUUAUCGCACUGUGCCAUGAUUGGUUGAAGAACAGUAGGGGAAUUGUGAUACGCACAAAGGUAAUAAGAUUUCUAGAAGAGAUGUCACAAUGUGUUGAUCAGAAAAUUUCUGUUACUUGGCUUGUCUUAUUCCUAAACAGAGUACAUGAUGGAGCCGGGUAAAUUAAUGCUUGUCUUAUUGUGUCUGUGCAACAUUGACAUUGUUUAAGACUUAGACAAUCAACUAAUUCAGCACAA